AACAUCAGCCAGAUUAUUACAAGUACCUAAUGAAUGAUCCACAUAUUUAAAAGUUGAGGCAGUGAAGAAAAUUCUGCAUAAAAUAGCCAUUUUAUGUGAGAUUAGAUCAAGAAAACUUGCUAAUAAAGUAGAGCUUGUAAAUGGCUACUGAAGCUGAUAUUAAUCCAGAGCCUCUACCUUUGAUGGAAAGCGGAGUUGCCAGACACUCGAACCCAGCAGAGUUUGACUACCAUUCUCAAACUGCUGAUUACCUUGUAAAAUCAGAAGCAAUUGUUAGUACGGAGGUUGAAACUACGCAUAGUAGCUUCGAAGCAAAUGCUGGAGCAAUGGAGGAUGUGAGUUUUUCUGAAUCAUCCUUAAUUGCCAAGGUUCUUGAAGAAGAAACUAAGGAAACCAAGGUGAGCUCAUAUCCAAAGAAAGAAUCUUCAGCUCACACCUCUGAGAAUUUGGAGAGUACUAUUGAAACAAAAACAAGUACGCGCCAAGACAAUGUGAUUGACAAGGAUUUCGAUUUGGAGCAACAAAUUAUAGAAAAAGUUGAAGAAAGCUCCUCUAUAGUGGCAACAAGUCCAGACAUUCAGAAAGAUGGCGGUGUAAGCUCUGCGAUUGUAAAUAAUUUGGAUGAGGAAGUUGAGGUUCCAUCUGUGACAUUGGGAACAGAAAAGUCGAGCAAUCAAGAAGUUGGGUUCGAAGCAGUAGACAAAUCAGCAGAAAACUUCAUUACAACAAGCAAUGUGGCAAGCCAAGUCACCAAUGACUCGAAUGAUUGCCCCGUUGAACAACUUGCAGAUGAAACCAAAGAGAAAGAUAAUGUGGAAAAAUCUUCUUCCUUGCAAGCUGAAGAAUCGUGUUUGCAGGAAUCCGAUAAAACUGAGAUGUACAAAGUAGUCUCAGAAACUUGUCCAGAAGAUGAUGUCAAAAUGAGUCGAGAAGAGGAACAACAGAUUGAAAGUGUUGAUAAAACACCUAAGUUUGAUAUCAUUGGAGCUGAAAAAGUUGCUGAAGAGAUAAAUUCUGAAGAACAGAUUCACAGCCUGGUCACAGAACCGGUGGAGCAGGCUGUCUCUGAGGCAAUAGCAGAAAAGAGCAAGGAUAGUCCACCAACGGAAUUGCAUGAGAAGAUUGAAAUUUCCAAAGUUGAGAUCCCAAACAUAAACGAGGAUGAGUCGAAUGGAACUCAUCCUGUAGAGCAAGAAACCGUCUUGGUAAAAGAAAAAGAGCUGGUUAACAUUCCAUUAGAAACACCGGUAGUAACUACAGAAUCAAUAUCGAAAGAGGUUCACGGAUCAGACUCCAAACAAAACUUAGACACGACAGCUGCUGAAAAGAGCAUAGCAGAAGAAAUUAAGGAGGAAGCCUCCAGGACAGGUUCUGUAGGUGACAACUCUGAAAAGUAUCAAGCUGACGAAGUUGGCAAUACUUCCUUCCUUCAAGAAACAAAGGAGCAAAUUGUUCAUGAAGCAGAAACACCAUCGAAGGACGAAGUAGAACGAAAUGAGAAGGCCAAAAGUAUCGCAAUUGAAGAGCAUCUUAUGCAGUUUGUUGAGGAUUCCAAGAAAGAAAGAACAGGAGACAACAUUGCACAAGAUACAAGUGAGAAUGAUCAAACCCCUAACGAAACUGUUCCAACACCACCGGUAGAUAGGAUAGCUUCAAGUGAACCUUCUGAAACAAAUGUGUGCGCCCAAGUUGAUACAGGUGCCAUUGAGAACAGCAAAGAAGCAUUUGACAUACAGGAGGAAGAGAAGCCAACAGAUGCGGUAAAAGGUGAAGAAAUCGUAAGUGAGAACAACACUAAAAGCCUCUCAGAAAAUCUUGUAAAGAAUUCUCAUAAUGAUGAUGACAAUGCUGGGAAGUCAAGCACAGAGAUUCUUGAAAAGCCUGAGAUAGAUGCAAAAGUUGAUGGCAUUUUAACAGAAGCAAAAACGAGCGAUGAAAGCCCUGACUCCCUUAAAGACCAUGAAAAUCAGCAAACUGAAAACUUAACUGUGCACCAAGCUUCCAGAGAGGAUGGUUCAUCGAGUCAAAAGUAUGAAAGAGAGACGGAUGCUAAAAAAGAUGAAGUUUUCAUAAAUGAGAGCAAUAUUAAAAGCUAUUACCAGGAAUCAGUUGAACCUGAUCCUGAUAAGAAUGUCCAGAAUGAUAACAGCACUGCAGAAAAACCAAAUGUAGAGAUUUUAGAGAAGCCUGACACAGCAAACACAAUUGAUGAUACCAAGAUAGUAGAGGUUGAGGAACACCAUGAAGUGAUAUUGAAGGGUGAAGAAGGUAUCGAACAGAUAUUGGAGAAGAACGAAUCAAAAGAACACAUUGAACAGCAAUGGAAUGUGAUGUCUGUAGAGACAGAGGGAGCUUCGUCGAGUCAAACAGACGACAAUGCUGUGGAAGAUGGACGUGAGAAACCUCUAUGCAAUGAGAGGGAGCUAGAAAAGGAAAAAGAUGAAGACAUCAUAAGUGAGAGUCAUACUGAAAGACUCUCAUAUGAAUUUGUUGCAGAAAAUCCUAUAGUUGAGGGUUCGCCUGUAGAGGAAAUACACGAGAAUGAAUCUCUCAUCAAAAAGGAUGAUGAUGGGAAAGAAAAAUCCGGGCUAUCAGAAAUUGAGCACAGUGAGGUGAUACUGACGGAAGGCAAGGAUUUAGAACAGAAAUUGCAGGAAAAUGAACAUGAACCUGAAGUAAAAAAUGAACAAGCAUUGGAGGUGAUAUCUGCAGAAAUGGAGGCAGGUGAUUCAACUCAACUAAGCAAUAAUGUUGUAGAAGAAGAAGUAGAAAAGAAAAUAGAAGAAGAAACCAUAAACGAGAGCAAUGUCGAGAGCCUCUCAGAGGAAUCUGUGGUAGAAGAUCCUGUUAAGAGUUUCAACACAGAUGACAACUCCACUGAGCAGUCAAACACAAAGAUUUUGGUGGACUCUGAGGCAGCAAGAACGGGUGAUAACGUUUCACAUGAAACAAAUCGGAGCAAAGAAAGCUCCGGUGUAAUUUUGUCAUCAUCACAAGCAAAAGAAGUAGAAAACCUACAAGACGAGUGUAAGAAUAUUCCAGAAGAAUCUUCAAUCGAGGAUGAGCAUAAUACCGAGCCAGAAAUACUUAAAGUCCAAGGUGAGAAGGAGACAUUGAAGAGUCAAGAAGACAUAGAAUCAGCGGAAGCAGAGUUGCCUAAUGUAGAGCAUGAGAGCAUUGCACUUGAGGCAAAUCAGAAUAAUGAACCAGGAGAAAUUAUUGAAUCAUUACCGGAAGUGAUUGUAGUAGAAACCAAGGAAAGCAUGUUGAGAAACAAGGAUACAGAUGAUGUGAUCCUAGAUGACGUGACAGCCACCACGAAUACGGAAGAAACAGUAGACUCAGAAAAGAAAGAAGAAGGUUAUGCAGAUACUGAUGCGAGCAAAGUUGAAAAACUUCCAACCUCUGAGUUAGAUAAGGAGACUACCCCUGCUUGCCUGAGUGAAGACACCGAACAAGAACCUGAAGAAAACAAUGAACAAGCAUUAGAGGUGACAUAUGCAGAAAUGGAGGCAGGUGCUUCAGUCCAACUGAGCGAUAAAGCUGUAGAAGAAGAAGUAGAAAAGAAAACAGAAGAAGGAACCAUAAACGAGAGAAAUAUCGAAAGCCACUCACAGGAAUUUGUCGCAGAAGAUCCUGUAAAGAAUUUAGAACAAGCAUUGCAGAAGGUUGAAGAAGGAGAAAAUAUUGAGCAUUCAAUAACUGGGCUAUCUGCAGAAUUUGAGGCUGGUUCUGUUACUGCACUGGCUAAUAACCCUGAAGAAGAGAUAGAUUCAAAGGAAUCAGAGUUGCAUAAUGUAGAACAUGACACCGAAGAACAUGUCGAAGAUGAUCAAUCUGUUGAAAAAGGAACACUUACAAACUUUGAGCAUGAAGAAAGUAAUUCUGAAGUGUCCCACAAAGAGAUUUUGGAGUCUAGAACCGCUAAAACAGGCGACAGCAUUGCACUUGAGGAAAAUCAGAAUGAUGAAAGCACCAAUUCAAAUGAGCCAAUGAUCCAAAUUAAACAAGAUAAGAGCUUACAGGAUAAGGACAUAGAUCAAACAGAAACUUUUCCCAAUGAGAAAAAGGAAGAUGAUGGAUCUUCAUUCCAUGCUAGUGAAGACAAUGACAGCGAAACUAAGGUAGCAGAGUCCGCUGAGAGCAGCAAGGAAAUAUCAAAUGACGAAGAUAAUAUAGCACCAGAACUGCAAAAGAAAGAACCAGAAGAACUCGUUACAUCAUCCGAUGUGAUUGCUGCAGAAACAAGGGAAAUCGUGUUGAGUGAAAAGACGGAUGACCAUAAUACUGAAAAAGCUUUAUUCAAAGGAAAUGAAGCAUCCUGUGAAGAAAAUCUGGAAACUACAGUACAGAAGAAUGAGGCAGAAGAACUUAAUGAAAUAUUACCAGAAGUGAUUAAUGCAGAAACCGAGGCGAGCAUGUUGAGCAACAAGGAUACUGACAUUGUGAUCCCAGAUGAGGUGAUAGCCACCCAGAAUUCAGAAGAAACAGUAGACUCGGAAAAGAAAGAAGAAGGUUAUGAAGAUAUCGAUGAGAGCAAAGUUGAAAAAUUUCCAACCACAGAGGUAGAUAAGGAUGCUACACCGGCUUGCCUAAGUGAAGACGCUAAACAGGAACCUGAAGAAAAAGAACAAGCAUUAGAGGUGAUAUCUGCAGAAAUGGAGGCAGGUGCUUCAUCCCAACUGAGUGAUAGCACUGUAGAAGAGGAAGCAGCCUCAAAUUCAGUCAAGGAUACAUCGGAAACAGUUGAUCAUCUUAUUGAUGAAACGAAUAAGAAACAUGACAACUCAACUCUUGAAGCUUCAUCCAUAGGAGAACAAGAAAGUAUGGCAAGUGAGAACCGAAGUCCGCCAGAAGCUUCAAUUUCUGAAAAAAUAGAUGAAGCCCUGAAUUCUCCGAAACCCGAAGUAGAGGAUGAGAAUAACACCGAGGGAGAUAUACUUAAAGUCCAAGAUGAGCAGGAGAAAUUGAAGAGUGGAGAAGAUUUAGAACAAGCAUUGCAGAAGGUUGAACAAGGAGGAAACUUUGAACAGUCAAUUUCUGGGCAAUCUGCAGAAUUUGAGACUGGUUCUUUUACUGAAAUGGCUAAUAACCCUGAAAAAGAGUUCGAUUCCAAGGAAGCAGCGUUGUCCAAUGUAGAACAUGAGACCAAAGAACAUACCAUAGAUGAACCAAAUAUUGAAAGCCUCCCUAAACAAUCUGUUGAAGAAGGAACAUGUGAAAACUUCGAGCAUGAAGAAAGUAAUGCUGAAGUGUCGCAGGAAGAGAUUUUGGAGUCUGUGAUGGCUAAAACAGAAGAGAGCAUUGAACUUGAGGCAAAUCAGAAUAAUGAAAGCACCAAUGUAAGUCGUCCAAUUGUCGGAAUUGAAGAAGAUAACAACUUACAGGAUAAGGACACAGAUUCAGCAGAAACUUUGCGCAAUGAGAAAACGAGGGAUGAUGGAUCUAUAUUCCAAGCUAGGAAAGAUGCUGAGGUAGUAGAACUUGGUACUUCAUCUGAUGUGAUCACUGCAGAAACAAGGGAAAUCAUUUUUAGCGAAAACACUGAUGACCAUAAUACGGAAGAAGCUCUAUCGAAAGAAAAUGAAACAUCCUGUGAAGAAAAUCUGGAAACUACAGUACAGAAGAAUGAGCCAGAAGGGAUUAAUGGAGAAACCCAGGCAAGCAUUGUGAUCCUGGACGAGGUGAUAGCCACCCAGAAUUCAGAAGAAAUAGUAGACUUGGGAAUAAAAGAAGAAGGUUAUGAAGAUAUAGAUGAGAGCAAAGUUGAAAAAUUUCCAACCACAGAGGUAGAUAAGGAUACUACACCUGCUUGCCCGAGUGAAGACACUGAAAAACAUAUCAUCACAGGAGAGGGCAUAACCAUAGACAUCUCACCACAAACUGAGAAUCUUGAGCUAACUAGUAUAGUUGAAGAAAAUGCAAAACAAGCCGUCGAGGUAAAUGUUGAAAAAGACCAGCCCACGGGACAUGCUAUGGUAACCGAAGAUGAUGUGAAAGAGGUAGUGACAAACGAAGAGAUUCAAGAAUCUACAAAGAAUGAAGAUAUUGAAGAACAGGCCAUAGAGAAAUGCCACAUAAUUGAGGACAACUCUGAGGUUCCAGCAAGUCAAGUACAGGCUGAAAGUUCAUUAAAGAAGGAAGAUGCAGAUCAAAAUGAUACAGUUCAGCCAAAAGAAGAGAUAAGAGACCACAGUUCCGAGGUUACAGAAGAUAUUGCAGCAGUAGGUAGUGAGGUAGCAAAAGAUUUUGAUACCGGGAAGGACAAACAACAACCAGGUGUUGUCCUCUAUCCUCUGAAAGCAUCCGAAGAAGAAAACCUGCAAACGGAAAGCAAUGAGCGCCUCGUCGAAGAAUCUGUUACGGGAGUGACAGAAGAAAUGAGCUUUAAAGAGGCUGUACAAGAAGAUAAAAGGCAGUUAGAAAGCUCUGGCACUGACACUCAAGAGAAGGAACAAAUAAUGGUGAAUACCGAAGAAGCUAUACUGAAUAAUGCCGAUGCUGAUGGUAGACAGGAUAAUGUUCUGGUUGAGAGUAAGGACUGUGAGACUCCAGCAAAGGCAGAUAAAGAUGAAGAAGAUAUAAAGCAUGGAAUCCAGAACAAAGCUGUAAUCGCAGGAAAUGAUGAUGAAAAUGAAAGAAUCAUAAGCGGAACGCCUUCGGAAAAAAUAUCAAAUGAUAGCCCAGUACAACACUCUGAAAUGUCACCAAACGUUUCUGAGCUUGUGACCAACGAAGACAGCAAGCCAAUAGAAGCAGAUUCAGCAGAAGAUACAGCAGCAAAUGAAAUCAGAGAAAUUUCUCUGAUUUCUUCACAAGCAAGUGAACCAAACCAUACUGAGCAUGAGAGCACAACUGCAAAAAAGGCAUCUGAAUUGGGAUUUAUAGACACUGAAAAAGAGAAAACAAAUGAAGAAGCUAAGAUAUCAAAAACCUCGGAGGAUGAGGAAGCGUCGAAUAUAGAAGAAGAGGCAUUGAGAAGUACUGAAUCAAUUAAUGCUAACACGAAACAAGAAAUCCUAGAAGAAGCAAACUUGACCAAGGAAUUUGAAUCAUUAGAGAAAGAAGCAGUCCGAGAGAAUGAAACAGCCGAGAUCAAAAGCUAUGGAUCUCCAACUGAAGAGAAUACUGAAUCCGCUGAGUCUAGCAAGAAGCUUGAACAUACUUCAGAAAUCAUGACAAGAGAUGUGAGCGACCAGAUAAUCCUUGAGACAGACCAAAUUACAGUUGAGGAAUACAGUAUUUCUGAAUCUGUUGAACAGAAUCCUCAAGAAUCUCAAGAAAGUCGGGAAUGUACGGAAGAAAAAAUAGAGUCGAAGUUGGAGGUUGAAGGUCAGAUUAAAGAAACACAAUUUGAGGAGGUGACUACAAAGGAUGCAAUGGAAACUCAAGAGUUACAGGCAGAAAUUGAAAAAGGUGAUGGUGGUGAACAGAUAAACCAAUCUAACAAGGAAGAGAAAGACUUGAAGGAACUCGAAGCUGUGUUCAUCGCAGAAGAAGGAGCCGACAAGGUGACAGAUUCCAUUUCUUUAUCCACCGACUCCAUUGAGCAUACAGAAAUAGCAAGUUCAGAGAAUCCAGAAACCGAAACCAUGGUGGAAGAGACACCAAUUGUAAAAGAAAAGGCAGAAAUAGAAGUAGAAGAUGAAGGUGUAGCAAAGAUUGUCGGUCUCUCCUCCAUUGAACCAAGGAAAGACUCUGAAGAAGUGAUCAAAGAGCAGAUCGUAGAGGAUAGAGACAGAGGUUAUGACAAUGAAAAGAAAACGUCUGUUGCACAGGUAUCAUUAGACUCUAACUUGGAAGAAAUUCAAACAGAUGACAAGCCGGAUGAGGCAUUUAAUUUCCCCUCAGUCGAACCUAAGGAAAGUCAACAAGACAUCAUGCCGCGAGAAGAAAAAUCCCCAAACUUCGCAUUUCAGACACAAACUGAUGAUCAUGAAAAUGAAAAACAGGAGAAUGUAGCUGUAGAAAAUGCAGAUGCAAAUGACAUUCUGCAAAGCAGUGGAACUUCUGAUUUAGUCGGUGAAUCCGAAUUUCAUAAAGUUGAAGAGCUUCCUGAAAGUGAAAUUAACGAUGAAAUUGGAGAACCUUCUGAAAUGUCACAUAAGUCACCUGAUGAUGAAACAGUUGCAAUAAGUGCAGUUGCUAUUGAUCUCACAGAGAAGAUAGCAAACGAACAAGAGAAAGCCUCUCCAGAAAUGAUCAGUGAAGUACAGGAUAUAGAAACUAAAGCCGCUACUGAGAAUUUAGAAGAGAAUAUGCAGAAGGUCUCCACAGAAAAGGCCGACUCAUCAGUUAAAUCUCUUGAAGUUGACAUAGAAGAAGACAGAUUCGAAGAGCAUGAGGGAGAAGUUAAAGAAGAAAUCGAAGAAGCUUCUGAAACAGGAUUAGAGGCUCAAAGUCACGAAGCAGCUAGAAAGGAUGAAGUUGCUGAUGAUCAAAUUCUCCAAGAGGAGAAAUAUCAAGCAGAACCUUGUGCAUUAUCUUUGCAGGAACAGGAGCUUGUAAGUUCAACUAAAGUUGAGAAAACAGAAGAAUUGCUAGAAAAUGAACCGAAAGAGAUUGAAGAGGUGUUCAUACAAAAGGAAGACUCCAGCAAGCUCCAGGUCUCCAAAUUACAGCUUGACAAUCCACACGAAGCACAGGACGCAAUAAGGACUUCAGUUGAAAAUGAAGACAAGAAAGAAGAUUCUGAAUCCAUUUUAGAGUCUACGUCAGAAGGACAAGAAGAAAUUAAAGAGAAGGAAAUUUUCUCUGUUCAGACCUAUUCUGCGGAGACACCACAAGAGCAGACUCAGACACUGUCAUCUGCACCACUUUCAAGUCAAAAGGAAGAUGAAACUUCAGAGAAAACGAAAGAAAUGGAGCCUAGAGAGCUUCAGCUUGAUACAAAUGAGAGUAAAGAAGAAAUUAAAGAAGAAUCUGAAUUAGUAUCCAAGUCUAACUCUGAAGAGAAUACUACAGUUGCAGAAUAUGGAUUUACUUCUGAUCAUCCUUUACCAACAGAGAAAUCUGAAGAGCAAAAUCAGACAUCAUCAGCCGGAUUGCUUUCAGAAAAGCAAGAGCAAGGAAUUUCAACUAUAGCUGUGAGUAACGAAGAAAAAGUGAUAGAAGUGCCAGAAGAUGAAGGAAACGUGAAAGAGGAAGCAACCACCGUAAAUUUGAUGGCUGAAGAAAAUCAAAGCGAAGGAGCAACUGCAGCGACACAGUUCACGCGUACUGAACUGACAAAAGAACAGAUCAAGGAGGAAAAGGUCGACGCAGAGAAUCGUCAUGCCAUAACCAUAGAUGAAGUAGAAACUAAGGAAAGCCACGAAAAAAGUACAGGAGAUAAAAUAGUGACAAAGCAAAUAGAAAAUGAACUGCUAUACAAGGAAACUGAAAAGGCCGAUGCAAGCGAUACAACUGAUAAACAAAUCAGCUUAGAAGAGGGAGCAGCUAAAUAUCCUCACCAGGAUGUUGCUCAAAACGAGACUGUCAAAACGCCUUUACCAUAUGAGAUAAGAGGUGAAGAUGUUGAAGAAAAAUCCGGGAGCCUGAAUGGAAUAACAAAAUUUACAACUGCAAGAGAAAAGGAACUGGAUGUAGAGACAGUUCAAAAAGAUGGUACCACAAGCCUAGUGGAAGCCACCAACACCAUCCCAAACAUUCAACAGGAAGAGAAAAUUCCUGAUGGAUUUCCGAAAACUCAGAUAUCCGGAGAAUCGGAACCAGAGAAAAUGAUAUCAGCUGUCAAUAAAGACAUUCCACAGGCUAUGCAAGAACAGCUUAAGGAAACCUUACAAGUUACUGAAGCAGAAGGUUUACAGCCUGCAAAUGCUACAAAUGUCAAUUCAGGAAUAAACAAACACGAAGAACAUGGAGCAGAUGAAGAAGAAGAAAAUGCAAAAGCAGCCAAGAUUUCAUUAUUCGACAUGAUGCAGCAAUCCACAAGAAAACCACAAGAGUAUGCAGAAUCGACAGGUUUGGAAGAACCAACUGCAGCAGCAACCAAAGGAGAGUCGGAUAAGGUGAAAUCAGACGAAGAAGAAGAACAACAUCAAGAAGACGGAGUACUAGAGGGAGGAGAAGACGAGCACGAAAAGAAUGACUCGGGCUCUGAUGCUCCGGUAAUAGUAGAAGCUUCAAAAGACAUUGAUAUUAAAGUACCGCACAAGAAAUCACAUAACAUUUUAUCAGAAGUUGGAUCAAAGGUCAAGCAUUCCAUUAUCAAAGUCAAGAAAGCCAUAACUGGAAAAUCUUCUCAUCCAAAGCAGCAUCCACCAAAAUGAUAUCUAUAUAUGCAUACACAACUUUUUUCAUUGGCUUUGUUAAUUUUUAUUUAUUUUUAAUUUGAGGUGUGGUGUGGUGUGUAUAUGUAUAUAUAGGCAGCAGACUGUACAUUUUCAGAUUCUUGAUUUUUAAUGAUUGAGUUGAAUAUGGAGUGAGGUUUAGUACA